CUUUCAACCUUCGAAGGUAAAAAGUUGCGUUGUACUAGGCCGAAUUGCGGGCUCGUGCGCAACAUUUUUUUCAGCUGCUCGGACGUGGGCUCUGAAGACGCGUAUAUCGUUCGGAGGUGUUUAAAAACCAAACUAGCAAAAAUCCUAAAGUUAUUCUCUUUCGCUUCUCUCUAAUGGACCCUCUCGCCAACGUCUGCUCAAACUUUGAACAAGUUGGGCAGGCGUUUGUCUCGCACUAUUACAAUACAUUUGAUGCGAAUCGCAGCCAUCUGGGACAGCUAUACAAGGACGAGGUGUCAAUGCUAAACUUUGAACAUAGUGCUGAGCGACCAGGACAAUAUAAGGGCGUAUCCGCCAUAUUAAGCAAAAUCCAAAGCUUGCCAUUUCAACAAGUUAAACACCACGUUAUUACGAUUGACUGCCAACCAACUCCAGGUGGUGGUGUUAUAGUAAUGGUUUGCGGGAACUUGCUUGUAGACGCUGAACAAAUACCUCAAAAGUUCAGUCAAGUUUUCCAGCUGCUGCCCUCUGGUAAUGGAUCCUUCUACAUCUUGAACGAUAUUUUCCGCCUCAAUAUAGGGUAGGGAUGAAUACGUAUGAUAAGCAUUGGCCGAAAAAGAAUGCGCACGCGAAGGCCUCCUCAACGCAGCAAAGUAAUAUUACGCUCCCACAUUAAUAUCUUCCUCAACGGUUUCACAACGCAGUCUUGCCAUCCAAGCAGCUGUCAACCUUCUGAAGAAGAUUCGUAUUCUCUAGUGCCGCCGCGACACGUUCUUUGUCGUUUAUCUGUUUGGUGACAGCUUCAUGUGAUGAAUGAUAGCCCGGCCUGACUAAGAUGUCUAGCUUGAAACAGCGAGGCAAAGCGCGCAACAACUUAACGCGGAUAGAUAAGCCGAUUAAAGUCGCCAUACUGCAGUGAGGUACAGUAGGUGAGAAUGUCACCUGUAUUCGGAAAAUAACUUUCGAAACCAA